UUUAUCUAUCAAGAAACAGUCUUUUCAAGAUUAUCCGACAUUAAAAUGGAUGAAAAAUUGUUUAUGUGUAAUAAUGGUGUAGCUGGUCGUAGUAGUGCAAAAUUGUACUUGGAUACAAAAACCGCUGACGUUACAUUUAUAUUUGGCAUCGACACCGAUCACCCUGAAUAUGUGCCAGCCCAUAAAAUUCUCCUAUCGGCAGGAAGUCCCGUAUUCGACGCAAUGUUUUACGGAUCAUUAAUUGAAGUGGGAGAUAUUCCAAUUGUCGACUCAUCAGUCGCAGCUUUUGAAGAAUUUUUACAAUUUUUCUAUAAAAGCGAAGUGCAGCUUACAUCCCAACACAUUGGCGAAGUGAUUAAUUUGUGUAAAAAAUAUGAAUUGAACGAAGCAGUCGAGGCGUGUGAAAUUCCAUUCCAAAAAUCAUUAACCAAUAAAGAAAUGUGUUGGGGCUACGAGGUGGCUGUUCUCCUUGAACUUGAGAAUUUACAACAAUUUUGUGAGCAAAAAAUUCGUGAAAAUGCCCAAGAGGUCUUGACAUCCGACACGUUCUUGGAGUGUAAUCGAGUUUCAGUGGACAAUAUUCUGCAGUUAGUAGAAUCGAAGUGUAACCCAUUGACAAUCGUCGAAGCAUGUAUGGAAUGGGCAAAGGCAGAAAAUGUGCGCAAAAAUUUGGAUUUAAAUCCAUUGACACUGAGAGGUCAACUGGGCAAUUUAUUCGAUAGAAUUCCAUUCACAGAAAUUGAAAUGGACGAGAUGUUUGACUUUGCUUCGAAAUAUCGUCGGAUUUUUUCAGACGAUGAGAUCGAGGUGUUCACACAUACGAUAGUGAGAAAAAACUUUGAAUCAAGUAUAUGUGCAUCGUUGCCCUUGUCAGUUUUACCAAAAUUAAAUUGUGAUCGACGAACAGGAGAUUUUGAUUUAAUCGAAGCUCAAACAUCCAAAUGCUGUUUUGAAUCGAAUAAAAAUAUUUUAUUGACCGAAUUCUACUUACCUCAAUUGAUUUCAAAUUCAAAUGAUAACGACCGAAGGAGGGUUGAAUUUAUUUACACUUUGAAUGGACCAUAUACUAUUUACAGGGGCAAGAUGCUAAUGUUUGAAAAAGUUACACUCACUUCGAGAGGGGAUACGCAUAUCGUUUUGCCGGAACCGAUAUUUUUGGAAGCAAAUAAAACCUACAGCCUUGGUUUGAUUGGGCAAAAUUAUGAGUUUUUGAAAGAUUUUACGUUUCUGCAAAGGCGCCAGCUUCAUAGAUCAGUUGAAUUGGAAAAUGAUAUUGAAAUCUAUUUUCAUCCCGGGGCUGAACUUAUAUCGAGAAUGUAUUUUCAAAGCACCGCAGCUUGAUUGAUUUUAUUUUAUUUUUUGUUCCUAUUUCAACUUGGAAUCUUGGAAUAAAAUCAUUUUAAAAUUGAA